AAGAAAUUGAAUCAAAUCAGCGGGGGGAGCGAUGAUACGAGCAGUGAUUAUAAUCAAUGAUCAAGGCAAGCCUCGCCUCAUCAAAUUCUAUGAUUAUCAGCCAGUGGAAAAACAACAGGAAAUCAUUAGAAACAUUUAUUCAGUGUUAUGCAGUAGAGCCGAGAAUGUGAGCAACUUUGUACAAGUAGAUUCGACUUUUGGUCCGAAUACUCGACUUGUAUACAAGACUUUUGCUACACUGUACUUCAUCGUCAUAUUCGAUGAAUCUGAAAAUGAACUUGCCAUUUUAGAUCUUAUGCAAGUAUUUGUGGAGACAUUGGACAAGUGCUUCAGUAAUGUGUGUGAGCUCGAUAUUGUUUUCAACUUCAGCAAGGUACAUACGAUACUUGACGAGAUAAUUUUGGGAGGUCAAGUUGUUGAAAUGAGUUCAUCUGAAGUUGUCAAGGCAGUAGACGAAAUCACUUGGCUUGAGAAGAACCCAAAUUCAAUUCGAGUUCCAAAAUCCAUAUCAGGUUGGCAGGGACGAUAGUAGUCUACCUGUAAUUUCUAACGUUUGUUUUUCUCCGAAAUUCAAUAGCUAUCAUCUUUUCGUAUUAUUUUGGUUAUAGCUAUAAAAGCCGAUGUGCGUAACUUUGUAACAGUUUGACUUCUGAUUUUGUAUGAUAUUCACUGUUUGAGUGUUAGGUUGCA